UACAGGACGUCCCACUCAGAGAUACACAGGCAGAGGCAGGCAGCGUGGAGCAGCCAUCACUGUGGGGAGAAAAGGACACAAGACGGACUGUAAUUGAAAGGCAAAACCAACAGAGACACAUAAAUAAGGAAAGCAACGUGACAGUUUUGUUGCCACAAAAACUAGAGGAGCAAGAAGGAACGCACGUCACAACAGAAGAGAAAGUUGAAGUUAUCAAGGUUUACCUGGAGUCCCGUCCAGACACAACAGAGAGCCACCAGCACAACCUAAGGAUGCUAAACGACGAAGUGUCCCAAAUACAAGAGGUGAGGUACUGUCUGAAGACCCUGAGGGAACAGAUGGCAGCCAGACAAAACAGCAACAACAACAAAUAUCCAACCAAUGGCUACAGAGUGAGCUUGGCACAUGUCCCGCCCACGAUGACCAACGGCAACACUGUCAUCGAAGAGGAAGUUAAUGUCGGGGAUAAUCAGGAUGAGACGGCACGGCUCAGAGAAGCUACGAAGCGACUGUACGCACAGCUGAAAGAGAUGGAGAAACGCCACCAGGAGGAGAAACAGAGGCUGCAGGCUGAGAAUGACAAGUAUCGUGCACGUCUGAGCGAACAGUCAGAGCGUCUCCAGAAGGCAGAACAGCGGUCUGAGGAGAGGGGUCAGCAGGUGGAAGAGCUGCAAAGACUUCUGGGAAAUAUCCAGUUGGAGAGCGGGAUCCUUAAAGACAAGAUGGCCGCAGGGGAGGAGGAACUUCAGCAACUCAAAGCCGAGAAGGAAGGAGGCCAGGAGAACAAACAGAGGUGCGCUGAGCUGGAGAAGGAAGUGGCCACAUUAAAGGAGAAGAUCCAUCACCUUGACGACAUGUUGAAAAGUCAGCAGAGGAAAGUGCGUCACAUGAUUGAACAGUUGCAGAACUCACGAACAGUCCUGCAGGAGAGAGACAGAUACAUCCGUGAUCUGGAGGAGAAAGUCGCUUUUCUGGAAGCUGAGAACAGAGAGAUGCAUGACCAUAUGGAGUUUCUGUUGGCUGGACAAGAGCCUCCUCCUCUGACAACCAAUGACAAAAAGCCAGAAGUGGUCUACAGCAAACCACUUACACCCACAAACCACAGCAACAAGGCUCUUCCCUUCAUCAAAGUCAUCGAGAUCAAGUCAUAAACAUUAACUUAAAUCGAGUUAAAGUUGUAAAUAUGUACCUAUACCUCCUCAAUACAAAUACAGUCACAAAAAUAACAGUAGACCCUCUGGUGACGUUUAUUGGUACCUCAUAGUUACUUUUGUUGGGAUUGUGCACAGCUUUCCCACACUGAAGAAGAGUUGGUUUGACAGGAGCAAGAAUCCAAAAUGGAAGCAACAAAGACACUGUGCAAAAUAACUUGGAAACAGGCAUGAAGUUUGGGGAGAGAUUAACUUCACUGUUUGAUAGUUUUUAGUAUAGGAUUUACUUAUACACCAGUUUCAGUAGCUCAAAAUGCAGCCUCAUUUCUUAUUUUAAUAAUGUAUCAUAAUAUUUAACUUAAUAUUUUGUCUUUGUUACUGAUUUUUGUUACUGCCUCCUGGACAUGACACACUGCAGAUAAGUUUAAAAGUCACAUUAUUUUGCCAAAGAAAAAAAUUGCAGUUGAUUUUCUCAUGUAUCUUUGUUAUCUUGUUCUAUCUUUGUCUAUAUUUUAUUUUUGUGUGUUAAGAAUUGGUUUAAAUCAUGUAAAUCUCCUUUUGCUUUUUGUUGUGUGAGUUGUUGAUAUUGUUUUCCUUGCGACAUUUUGAAUAGUAGUUUUGAAGAACUGUGAUAGCUGUAGAUAUUUGGCUUAUGCAAUGUAAAUUAUGUCAUGUGCAUUGUAUUUAAAACUAACAUUCAAUAAAACCUCUCAAGCUUUAA